AUGAAGCAGUUAAGUGCGAGCCAGGUUCGUUUUGAUAUUGUUACUAUUUCCAAAGUUGAAUAAAUCUUUGAAAAUGUCUUAUUGAAAUUUUGCAGGUUCGCUCUACGUUCAUCGACUUUUUCAAAGAGAAGAAAGAGCACACUUACGUACAUUCCUCAUGUGUGAUUCCACAUGACGACCCAACUUUGCUUUUUGCAAACGCUGGAAUGAACCAAGUAAGUAUCUCUUAACAUUUAUAAUCUAAUCUUGUUCGUAGUUCAAACCACUGUUCCUUGGAGUUGCUGAUCCAAAUAGCGAUUUGGCCAAGUUGAAGCGAGCGGUGAACACGCAGAAAUGCAUUCGAGCUGGCGGGAAACACAACGACCUGGAUGAUGUCGGCAAGGUAAAAUACUUUCCAUCCCUUGUUUGCGAUCAACAAGUUCCCCUCUACAGGACGUAUACCACCACACGUUUUUCGAAAUGCUUGGAAAUUGGUCAUUUGGCGACUACUUCAAGAAGGAAAUCAUUUCCUGGGCAUGGGAGCUGUUGACCAAAGUCUACGAGAUUCCGGCUGACCGACUCUAUGUCUCUGUUUUUGGUGGAGACGAACAGAUGGGAAUCCCCGCUGACACGGAGGCUCGCGAAAUUUGGCGUUCUGUCGGGUUGGAAAAUAGUCCUCAUGGCCUUUUUCACCUCAAGUUUUAAGCGUUCCUGAUGAGCGGAUUUUGAAUUUCGGAAUGAAGGACAACUUCUGGGAAAUGGGAGACAUCGGUCCAUGCGGUCCUUGCUCAGAAAUCCACUACGACCGUGUCGGAAACCGCGACGCAUCUGCCUUGGUGAACGCCGACGAUCCGAUGGUAGUCGAAAUCUGGAACCUCGUCUUCAUUCAGUUCAACCGGUGUGUUUCGCGUUGAAGGCUGAUGAAAGUUUGGAACUUUUGCAGCGAAGAGGGAGGAGUUCUGAAGCCUCUUCCAGCGAAGCACAUCGACUGUGGCCUCGGCUUGGAGCGUCUCAUCGCUGUCAUGCAGAACAAGACGAGCAACUACGAUACCGACAUUUUCCAGCCUCUCUUCAAAGCCAUUAAAGAGGUUAGACUUUCAGCCUCCUCUUUAAUCUAGAAUUUUUUUUUUCAUCUACGCGAAAAAUAUAUCAGAAUAGUGAAUCGAUGGUGUUUCGUCUCUUUUUUCGACUGCAGGACACUUUCAAAAAAAAUUUGUGUUUUUGAAAGUUGGAAAUAGUUUAAAAGUGGUCCAUAAGCAAAUUUUAAAAAAUGUGGUUUGAAUUUAUGAGGGACAAGGCUAAUUAUAAUUGGUUUAAUUUCAUAAAAUUGUGACAAGCUCGAUUUUUUCACACGUCGGUCAUUUUCAAAAGUUUUAUUAUUUUUUUCUUUUAGAGGUUCAACCAAUCAAUCGUUCAUUCUUGAGAGAAAAAGAGCUGAACAAGGGCUUCAGAUUGUUUGAAGGAAUCAAAAAAGAGAAUUUCGAGAGUUAGAAGGAAUUUUAUAAAAGUUGACAAUCGAAACUCACCGUUUUCCACUUGAAGCGAAGCGGAGCCCGCGAAUACACCGGUCAUGUGGGAGCAGAAGACACAGACGGCGUCGACAUGGCCUACCGCGUCGUCGCCGACCACGUCAGAACCCUCACCAUCGCACUUUCUGAUGGUGGCCGUCCAGACAACGCCGGUCGGGGGUCAGUGCUCACUUAACUUUCUGAAUAAGUUUCUCAGUUUUUUUUUCUAUAUUCACAAUUCAACAAAUGGGUUUUAAUGAUCCCUACACGGGAAGAGUCCAAACGGCUUUUAAAAAAAUGGUCUAGGGCUUCUUUUUAAGUCUCCAAAGGUGUCAAAAGUUUCUCGGGACGUGUUUUUUUUUCACUUUUUUUUCCUGAAAAGUAUUUUUUUAGGAAAAGGUCAAUAAGAAGGCCUUUCAAACGCUUUUUUUCCAAAGUUUCUUUUUAGGUCCUUUUUGCCCGUGUACUUGAAAAAUAUUGACAUGGGCUUCAUUUUUCGGUAAUUAACUUUCAAAACGGCAGACUUUCAAAAUUUCUGGCAAAAAAGGAACACAUUUUUUGCGCUGAAUCUAGUAGAAUCAAGACAAAAGGAGGUUCUAACUUUAACCAUUUGGACUAUUCCGGUCUAUAUUUACUGUGCCGGUUUUUCGAGCAAACGAACAUGAUAGCCUUUUUAAUGGUAUAAGUUUUUAAACUCCAGUAUGCGCUCAUUUGAAUACCCAAAACGAGAUCCCUUUACUUUUGCCUAUCUAUUUUUAUGUGUCAUUCAUUUUCCUCACGCUUCUCUCAAGUAGAAGACUCGAUGGAGCUCGGGGCCUCUUAAAUAUGCGACUAUGUCGAAUUCACAGAUGUCCAGCUGCCUCACUAUCAAUUAAAAAAACUAUUUUUAGUUAUGUUUUGCGCCGAAUUUUGCGUCGUGGUGUUCGUUAUGCGACUGAAAAGCUGAACGCUCAGCCUGGAUUUUUCGCCUCUCUAGUUCCGGUCGUCAUUUCCAUUUUGGUAGAAACUUAUUCUUUUUUUGUCUAUUUUUUUUUUCCAGGGGGAUACGUUCCCUGAAUUGAAAAAAGACCCCGAAAGCGUCCAGGACAUUAUCAACGACGAAGAAAAGCAAUUCUUGAAGACUUUAUCGCGCGGUCGGAUUCUAUUCCAGCGUGCUGUUUCUCAGCUGGCUCCCGGAAGCACGAACUUCCCUGGUAACUUGCAAAUCUUUGCUUUUUUAAAGCUCUCUGUACAGGCGACGUCGCCUGGAGGUUGUACGAUACAUACGGUUUCCCGGCAGACCUGACUCAGCUGAUGGCCGAAGAAAAAGGACUUAGCAUAAACCAAGAAGAGUUCGAGAACUCCCGAAAGCGUGCUAUUGUCCGUUUGAUCGCGAAAAGUCGUUAAAAAUCGAAAACUCACAGGAAAUGUCUGCUGGCGGAGCAGGAAAGGUCCGAGACACGGUCGACCUAAACGUGCACGCUUUGGCCGAACUCCAGUCCAAAGGCGUUCCAACCACCGACGACACUUUCAAAUACGAAUACAAGGCUACCGGGAAGGGCGGAAAAGCAACAUACAGUUAGUUUUCCUUUUUUUUUUGUUAUCUCGGGUUUGUCGUGAAAGCUUGUGGCGAUCGAAAUUCAGAUAUUUCGAAUAGAUCUGAAUAAAAAAAGAUUCACUCUCUCUGUUUCUCUUCUAUAACCAAAGAUUGAUGCGAAUAUAUAUUUUUAAGGAGCUUUUUAACUUUAUGAACUUCUAAAAAUCACUAAUUCUCUAAAAAGUCAAUUAGAAAUGUAGCUGUUUGAAUAAAUUUCAUUUUUUUCAUUCCAACAAUCAAAUCAGAAAAAAACUCGUUAAAAAAAUUUUAUAUUGUUUUCCUAGAAAAAAAGAGGGAAAUUGAUCACCUUUUUUUCAUAAAUAUUUAUCAUCAGAAAAAAAGGGAUAUUUUUUUCAAAAAAACAAAAGAUGAUUUAAAUCCAGCAAAACGCCCAUAUCGACUGUUGCAGAAUUCGAACCUUGCACUGGAAAAAUCCUUGCGAUCAGAAGUGAAGGAAAUUUCGUGGAUUCGAUUGUGGCGGGACAAGAAGGCGCCGUCAUUCUGGAUAGAACGAGUUUUUACGCUGAGCAGGGCGGUCAAAUCUUCGAUGUCGGAGUUCUGACGAAGGCUGGAGAUGACGUGCGACCUUUGUUCACAACUUUUCUUAUUUUUCAUCUCAUCAGACGUGCGAGUUCAACGUAACGAACUGUCAAGUUCGUGGUGGAUACGUAGUCUUAGUGGGCUCUGCAGAAGGAGAAUUCCACGUUGGAGACGAAGUCAAUCAGAAGUUCGAUGAGGUUAGAUUCCGGCUCUCCUCGGUUCCCGAACGUUUAUUCAGGACCGUCGUCAACUGAUCAUGAAGAAUCACACGGGAACCCACGUCCUCAACUAUGCUCUUCGCAAAGUUCUCAACGACACCGACCAAAAAGUAUCAAAACCAUGGAAUAAUGUCUUAAUUUUCUAAUUAGGGUUCGCUCGUAGCUCCCGACCGUAUGCGUUUCGAUUUCACUAACAAACAGGCGAUGACAGUCAAACAGGUUGUUUUUUCUGCUCUUGGUAGUUUUCUGAUGAGUUUGAACGUAGACACAUUUUUUGAUACUACGUAAGAGUUUUAAGGAUGGGAAGUAUGAGAAAAAUAGGCUAUUUCGAAUGUGCGACCGAUAACUUUCAAAUUUGUUGAAAAAUACUCGUCAGCUUAAACUUCAAGUUGAGAAAAACUAGUCGAAGUUCCACAAAACUCAAAAUAGUCGUCAGAAAGUGCAAAAGAUAACUAGAUUUUGGAGAAUCAGAGAUAGUUUUGAAUUUUACGGAAAUUACUUUGAACACGACAUUACAAAGAGAUUGGUUUCUUUUGCGCUAAGUUUUUUUUGUGAUACAAACUUUUUUAUCUCUGUUUUUCAUAAUUGCAUCGGUCCGCAUAGGCUGUCAGUAUUGUAUCCAUAAGUUCGAGAAGCUCUAGGCACGAUUAAAAAGUAUUUUUUUCAAAAUUUUAUUUCUUGAAAUAUUUGUCUACUUCUCUUUCGUCAUUCUUUUCAAUUGAAACACCGGCAGUUUUAAUUUUCUCUAGACAACGUUAAAAAACAAUAUAUGUUUGUAUUAUCACUGUAAAAUUACCGAGUUGAAGAUACGAGAAGCUGAAGAAUUUGCGCAAAAGCUGAUCAACACCAACGGCAACGUCUAUGCGAAGAACUCUCCGCUUGCAGAAGCCAAGAAAGUGCGGGGCCUUCGCGCAAUGUUCGACGAGGUUCCCAGUCCUUCACUCAACCUCACAUAAUGUCCACUUAGGCAUAUCCUGACCCGGUUCGAGUCGUCGCCGUAGGUACUCCCGUCGAGAAGCUGCUGGCCAAUCCUGACUCGGACGUCGGCGAAAACACCACCGUCGAGUUCUGCGGCGGAACGUACGUUUCUCACUUUCUCACUUCACGUUUGGCCAGCGUCAAGUAGAAAUAUUUCAAAACAGGGGGCGUCUUAAUCUGCUUGUAGAUUUUGAUAGCAACUUUUGAAUGUAUAGAUGCUUCCUGUCUAUCCUUUUAUUUUUGAUUUGUGAAGUUUUAAAGCUGCAUAAUUAAAAAAAAAUAAUUAAAGCCUAUUCAUGGAUAGCUUGGGUCCUGUCUGCGCCUUAUCCCAGGCACUAUCUCUUUUAUUAUCGUUUCAGGACCCUUUUUCCGAUGGCACAAGCCACAUUUAAAACAGCUAUACCCUUGCAAGCCUAGAUAUAUGUAAUUCGGAAGUUUAUGGCUCUAAAAAAGAAAUUUUUCAAAGUCAUACAUCCGGCGAAUUUUCAGCAAAAGAUUUUAAUUUUGAGUUAACUCACCUUCCACACGAGUUUUUUUUUUCAAUUCUAGAUUAUUUCAACCAGAGUCAAAAAACAAUUUUUCUGAAAAAUUUCCUCAAAUCUACUUUUCGAUUAUUAUCUCCACAUGACUAGCUUGUUUUUUUUUUUCGAUUCUUGCGUUGAAAGUUUCAGCAAGGCUAUUCAGACAUUUGCACAACGUUGGCCACAUUGGAACACUGGUAAUCACUUCGGAAGAAGCGAUCGCCAAAGGAAUCCGCCGAAUCGUUGCUCUCACAGGGCCAGAGGCCGAACGCGCCACUCACCGCGCCGAUCGUCUCGAGGCUCGAGUCGCGGUAACCAACCGAUUUCUUUUUUUGAGAUUAAAAAAAAUUCUCAUUCAAUUUUCUUUUACUACUACAGAAGAAGAUUCAUAGGCCAUUCCGCACCAGCUUGUAUCGAUUUUCUUUUUUCUCCGAGCUAGAGGAUUAUUCUCUCCAAAGCGCGCGGGAUUCUCCCCUGCAUGCGUCUUUUAUUUUAACUCAAAAUUUCCAUUAUAUUAAAGGCGCAGGCAGAGAUAAAUAGCGCGCGCAAUGAAGGGAAGGGUUCUGUAGCUCGUCGGAAUGACGCGGAAUGGGCUAUAUUUCUUCACUCCUAAACUUUCUAUUUGUAAGAAAUGUUUCCGAUUUCAGCAACUGUCCAACGAGGUUUACAAUCGCGAAACUGCUGCCAGCAAGGACAAAGUCAAAACUCUCACCAACAAACUCCAAGAAGUUAUCGAGGUGAUUUUUUCCGUCUUUUCUCAGUUCAAAGAGUUUCUUGCAAGGAAGCGAACGCUUCACUGCUGCCCUACUGGAGAAAAGACGAAAUUCGCGAAGCGGCCAAGUCUGUGGGCAAAGUACUCGACUCCUACGUCAGAGCUGCACAAAACGAAGUUUCUGAGAAGGUACGAUCUUCAUGGCGACUGAAUCUUCAAUUUUACACGUUUUGAUUCAAGGUCAUGGAAGAGGCUAAACGGUUAGCAGCAGAGGAAGAACAACCAGUGUACUUGGUGCACGUUUUCCCUCCAGGCGCCAACAGCAAGUCUUUGGACAACGCCUUGAAGCUUCUCAAGGAGCCCAAGGCAAUCAUGGCGUUCUCUCCGAACCCAGACACUGGCAAAGUGUUGGUUUUGGCCAAGGUCGACAAGGUGAUUUCCCUCUACCAUCGCCUAAAAUCUUGGAAUGUCUCUAGGAAGUUACCCAGUGCAGCGGCCUGAAAGCCAGCGUCUGGGUCACCCAAGUGUGCUCUUUGCUCGGUGGAAAAGGCGGCGGCAAGGAUGCGAACGCUCAGGUUUGUCUUCUGUCUCCCCCUUUUUUAUUCACUUUUUUAACAACUUUCUAGGCUACCGGUGAGAAUCUCGAUCAAUUGGACGCUGCUGUCGAAUUGGCCCGAAAAUUUGCUAAAAUUUCUAUCGAUCUUUAAAAUUCUUCUAUACCAAAUAUAGUUUUUUUGUUGAUUUUUAACUUAUUUCGUUUCUCGUCAAUGUGUAUUGUUCGGUUUAUGGAUUUUUAAUGAGUGCUUUUUUCGGUGGAUGAAGUUCUAUGUUUCAGUGAUCGAAAAAUUGGCAGUUUCUGAGCAAAUAGCGUAUGUUGUGUAAUAAUUUGCCGAGGUGAGCGUUGUUCGCUGACGCGGACCUUCUGGUCUUUGCCAAUUCUCUUUUGAUUGGCGCCCGUCGGCGUAGUUGCACUUUCUUUUGAGUAUGUGCCAGAUGUUAUCUAAAAACCCCAAAAUUUUAUGCCUCCUGAAAGUAAUGUUGAACUCUCUGUGGGUCAAUGGUAGUUCUUCCUAUCAAAGAGCCUUCUCAAACAAGCUACUGGAUCGAGCAGAGAAACGAGUCGAACACACGGAUCAGGCAGAGAAUACGUUUUGAGAAAAAAGGGCCGUAUCAAAGUGAUAGUGAAAAUUCCUAGAAAAUCGUUGAAGACAGAAAGAUCUGACUCAGCUGAAAAAUAUAUAACAGUUGGUGUUACUUAAUUUACGUUUUUUUUUUCUCCGCUGCGUCAGCUUUUUUCGAAAUUCGCGGGGGAGUGGACGAAGCUGUUUUCUAGGGUCGCCUACGCUUCGUCAGAGGCGGCAGCCAGCCUCGAGUCGACCAGAUAAAAGCUCGGCAGCUGAGGGCGGUGCUCCAAGUGGAUCCGAGCUCCUGCGACUCCGCCCACUCGCUGCCACAGCUCUUUUCUCCGCUACACUCACAAGCUACCGACAUGGCCAGCCGCACUACCGCCGGAGGAAUCGGAUUCGCCGUCCGUCAGAAGGUAUUGCCUUUUUGUUUGGUCUUCCUUCUAAUUCUUCCUCUUUUGCUUAAGUAGGAUUCUUAGAAAUGAAAUAAUGUUGGAUUGAUUCAUUUAAAGCGAUGGUAGUAGUAGUCUGAAUUGGUUUUUUAAGAAGUUCUAAUGGUGAAGCUCAGAAAUAAAGAUCACUGAAUAAGUUCAGGAGCCGACAUUUUCAUAUGAAAGUUCCAUAUUAUCCUCCAAAAACCCAGAAGCUCUUCCACUUGACUCAGGAAGACGUCCAUUUUUGAACUGGAAUAUAAUCGAUUUCACGUCACGAAACUAAUGUCUUGGCUUGAAUAGCGAAUAUUACAGCAAGACUCAAAGUAUGUGGAAGAAGAGGGCGCGAUGCUUCUCGAAUGGAUCAAGCAGCUCUCCGGCGAGAACAUCAACACCUCCGGCGACCGCGACAACUUCCUGAAGCUGCUCAAGGACGGCUCGCUGCUCUGCAAGUAAGUCGGUCCGACUCGAGACCACAGACCGCCGCGCCGUUGUAAUGCGUCGGCUGUUUGGCCGUCGAUGAGAUCACAGCGCACUUUCCUCUUGUUUUCACCAAACAAAAACAAAACCUCUCUGGCGAAAACUUUUUCAAGUCUUUGACUGACGGGGGUAAAAGCAGCCUGAAGCCUACGAUGGCUGAAUGAUCAACUGUUUAAUUAAGUCUCAGCGGGGUUGCUUUGGAAAACUUUGAAAUCAAUCUGAAGCCUUUUGAGCAUGUUGUUUCCUUCUGAUUUCGAUGAUAGUCUGAAAAAUUCGAGUCACGCUUUCAGAAGAAAAGUCUGAAAAAAAAAAAUGAAAACUCCAGACUUGCUAAUGGAAUCGAGGCCGGAUCAGUGAAGAAGAUCCAAAAGCCAGUCUCGAACUUUGCCUGCAUGGAGAACAUCAACGCGUUCGUCGAGGCCGCCAAGAAGGUUUUUGUGUUUUGAGCUCUUCCAACUUGACAGAAUAAAUUAGUUCGGAGUGCCGACUGAGGAGACCUUCCAAUCCGUCGACCUCUUCGAGGCUCGCGACCUUUUCUCUGUCUGCGUCACCCUUAUUUCUCUCGGCCGUCGUGUAAGUUAAAACUUACCUAUAUGAUUACGAUCAUUCCUUUUUCUAGCUUCAAAAGGAGGGAAAGACCAACCCCUUCACCAAGUAA